UUCCCCUACCGCAAAACCACCACCUCUAUAAAGUCCAACCCUUUUUCUCAAAAAAAAAAAAAACCCACCACCUCUCCGGCGCUCGCCUUACCCGUCACCGUGCGCCUCGGCCGCCGCCGCCGCCGCCGCCGCACUGUUGUUCGCGCGCAAACAGCUGUCAUACCGUCCACGGCCAUCCGCUUCCUCUCCAAGCGGUGGGGUCCCGCUGUACUCGCCUCUCACCGGCACCCAGGGUUCGAUCAGGUGCGGAGACUGUGAAGGAGGAGGCGGAGCGCAAAUAUGGCGGAUUUCCGGACCUCCUCGCACCGGGAAAGGUGGAUCUUCCAGCCACACGAUCUGACGGAGAGGUGGGCGGCGGCGAACCAGCGGGCCACGGAGACCCUCGCGCAGUAUGGGACGACGCGGCUGAAGGUCCUUGAUGGCUUGGUCCAUUCACCGGAUCAUGUUGAGGUUAGUUCGGAUGUAAAGCCUCUGUCUUACGAAGAGGAGCAAUUGACACGAGUAUUUUACGAGCAGAAGAUUCAAGAAGUAUGUGCAGCAUUCAAAUUCCCUCACAAAAUCCAGGCUACAGCUAUAACAUAUUUCAAGAGAUUCUAUCUACAGUGGUCUGUUAUGGAGCAUCACCCAAAGCAUAUUAUGUUAACAUGUGUAUACACUUCUUGCAAAGUAGAAGAAAACCAUGUUUCUGCUGAGGAACUUGGUAAAGGGAUUCAGCAGGACCACCAGAUCAUUCUAGAUAAUGAGAUGAUCCUUCUUAAGACUUUAGAUUUUGAUCUCAUUGUUUAUGCACCAUAUCGAUCUAUUGAAGGAUUUGUUGAUGACUUGGAAGGUUUCUUCAGGGAAGAUAAUAGUGCAUUACAGCGUUUGAAGGAGUUACAUCACACCGCCAUAUCCUAUGCUGACAAAAUGAUGUUGACUGAUGCUCCUCUUCUGUAUACUCCAGGGCAGUUGGCACUGGCUGCUUUGCACAAGUCCAAUGAUAUUCUCAAGGUCUUCAAUUUUGAAAGAUACUUGGAAACUAUCUUCUCAAGGCAAAAUUCUGAUUGUACCGUCGAACAGUUUGUUCAGUCAAUCAAUGCAAGUCAUUACUUGGUUGACCAGCUUAAAAUACCUACUGUUAAGGAUAUGAGGCACGUUGACCGCAAGCUGAAACAUUGUUGGGAUCGAAGCUCUCAUGAUGAGCAUAAGAAGAAAGAGAAAAAGACAAAACACAAAUCGAAAAGAACAUCUACUGAUGCCCAGCUGUAAGCAGCUUGUACCUCUAACUCAUGUUUGACCACGUUUCAUUCAGUUCCUUGCUUCUCAACAACUUUCUCUGCCCCAACAGCUAGAAAUCAUAUGGUUGAGCAGUGCCGUUGUGUAAAAAUCAAUUAUAAGAAUGAGGCGGUGAAAACUUCUGCUACUCCUACCAAGUGUGCUGUUUACUUGUAUGCUACCACAUUAACGAGUGGAGCAGCACCAUCUUAUUCAGGCUCUCCAAAUGAUUGAAAUUGAACUCAGGCUAUGACAGUUGUACCUGAGCUCCACAUCCAACCUAGGCAUCUUUCCGCAGCAGCUGUUACAGUUGUACCUGAGCACAAGCAAUUUUGUGACGAGGCGAUAUCUUAACUUAUUCCUUGGAUAUAGAGGGAGAGUUGCAGCAACAUACAAACCAAGAGUUGUAACAUUGGAUGUCUAUCGCUAUGAAUGGAGAACUGGAAAUAUAUGCAGCCACUAUUACUUGAGUUUCUUCUUUGUGGCUGUACCAUUGUUGGGCUAAACACCGAAAUCCAAGAUGAUCUGCCUGUGAAUAUGAAUCAUCUGGAACUAACGUGUGGUUUUGAAUCUGAA